GCGGAUGUGACGCAGCAGCAGGAGUGCGACCCGAGGAACCUCAAACAUGCGUCAAUCCCGAAAAAACAAACUCCACCAAAUAUCGGAUCAUUAUCACAAACAGUAAUUCCCACCUCAAAACCUGCUAUAAAUCAAGGAUAUAAUAAAUCAGAUAACCCAGCAGGGACUCAUGUGUUUGUCUUGGGGAGCCCUGUAUAAUCCAGCACCCCUCCAUGGAUUAAGCGCAGAGAAAAGCUGAAUCCAAUCAUUCUGCUCGAGGAGGGUCGCGGCACCGGUGCAACAUGCCCCUUCCGUUCGGAUUAAAGCUCAAGAGAACCAGAAGAUACACGGUGUCCAGCAAAAGCUGCCUGGUGACCCGCAUACAGCUGCUCAACGCUGAAUAUGUGGAGUUCACGCUUUCGGUGGAAAGCACGGGACAGGAAUGUCUGGAGGCAGUCGCGCAGAGACUCGAGUUACGGGAGAUAACGUAUUUCAGCCUCUGGUACUACAACAAACAAAACCAGCAGAGAUGGAUUGAUUUGGAGAAGCCGCUGAAGAAACAGCUUGACAAGUAUGGGCUGGAGCCAACCGUUUACUUUGGGGUGGUGUUCUACGUGUCGUCUGUUACACAGUUACAACAAGAGAUAACCAGAUAUCAGUAUUAUCUCCAGCUGAAGAAAGAUGUUCUGGAGGGGAAGAUCCCGUGCUCCAUUGAGCAAGCCAUUCAUUUGGCCAGCUUGGCUGUGCAAGCUGACCUUGGAGACUUCAAUCGAUAUGACUCCCAGGAAUUCCUUCAAAAAAUUGUGCUUUUUCCAAUGCCAUGGAUACAGGACGAGAGGGUUGUGGAAGAGGCCACCCAGAAAGUCUCCAUGCUCUAUCAGAACUACCGAGGUCUGUCCGUACCGGAGGCGGAGUUACUCUACAUGCAGGAGGUGGAGAAGAUGGAGGGGUACGGUGGGGAGAGUGUCCAAGCGAAGGAUUCUCAGAGCGCAGAUGUGAUUAUCGGCUCUUGUCUGGAUGGGAUUUUUGUCAAGCACAAAAAUGGGAAAGCACCUCUCAUGUUUCGGUGGAAUGACAUAAAUAAUAUGACUCAUAAUAAGUCUUUCUUUGCCCUGGAGCUUGCCAACAAAGAAGACACAAUCCAGUUCCAGACCGAGGACAUGGAGACGUCCAAAUACGUAUGCAGAAUGUGGCUGGCGAGGCACAAGUUUUAUAAAAUUAACAACAGCAGUCUAGAGCUGUCUGACGGCCCAAACUCUGAGGGCUCCCAGAGGUCCAUUCUCUCUCUUUCUUUUCCUCGUUUUCCAAACCUCUCUCGUCCCUCUGUUCCUGCUGACAAGGGACAAACACAGCCCGCUCCUGUAAACACAGUGAGGCGACGGUCCUCGACGAGAAUGUCUCUGCCAAAACCGCAACCCUACAUGAUGCCACCUCAGAUGCACUUUAACGGCCAUUACACCGAACCGUACACGUCUUCACAAGAUAAUCUUUACAUCAACAACCAGAAUGGUUUCUACUACCAUUCCCAGACCAGUCUGGACCGCUCUCCGCACGAAUACAACGGCCGGAUCCGUAACGGCAGCGUUUACAGCGCCCAGAGCACCAGCUCCCUCAACAACCCGCAGCACUACCUGCAGCCGUCGCCCAUGUCGUCCAACCCCAGCAUCACAGGAAGUGACCUCAUGCGGCCCGACUACGUGCCUUCCCACCGGCACAGCGCCCUGAUCCCGCCGUCCUACCGCGCCACACCCGAUUAUGAGACGGUCAUGAGGCAGAAGAACCUCGGGAUGAUCCCGCCGGCCGAGCGCCAGAGCCACUCCAUGAGGAACCUCAACAUCGGCAACUCGUACGCCUACAGCCGGCCCGACCCGCUCGUGUACAGCCAGCCGGAGAUCCGCGAGCACGGCACGGGCCAGUACCCCUUCCACCUCAACUACAGCUUCCACAGCCCCUCCCCGUACCCCUAUCCCACCGAGAGACGACCCGUCGUGGGCGCCGUCAGUGUCCCCGAGCUCACCAACGUCCAGCUCCAGCAAGCGCAGGAAUAUCCGCCGCCCAACAUCAUCAGGAAUCAGGUUUAUUGGCCACCGCCGCCAUAUCCCUACCCUCACCCUCGACCCGCCAACAGCACCCCGGACCUGUCCCGCCAUCUAUACGUCAGCAGCAGCAAUCCAGAUCUGAUCACGCGCCGCGUCCAUCACUCGGUGCAGACCUUCCAGGAGGACAGCCUGCCUGUGGCGCACUCGCUGCAGGAAGUGAGCGAACCGCUCGUCACGACCCGGCGGCCUCACAUGCACAAGCGCAACUCCAUCGAGAUCGCCGGGCUGGCGUAUGGCCUGGAGAACAUGAGGCUGAAGAGAGCUGAGACCCCGCCCCCUGUUGCCCAGGCGAUGCCGCCUACAGCAUCCGGCUCCGACAUUAACGUCGUCCUGGAGGUUACGAAGCCCGAGGAUGCAGUCAUCAAGGAGGAUGUCAUCUACGGCCACAAAAAAUCCCUGUCCGACGCCACGAUGCUGGUGCAUAGCAGCGGUGAGGAGGAAGAGUUCGAAGAUGACAGCGGCCGACACACACCCCAGUCUCAGGAUGCAGUGGGCGGGCCCGAGCAUCACAUGACACCGAUGGGACGGCCCCUCGUAGAUCCGCCUGCUUAUCCCUUCAGCCAUGGUAUGGAGAUGGUCCUGACAGGCCCUCUGGCGUACCAGCCCCAUCCCAUCAUCUGCAAUCCAGAGGACCUGGGGCAGAUGCCGCCUCUGCGAGAGCCCGGACACAUGGUGCCUUCAGUGUCAGAGGGCGAUCUGAGCGGACAGGGACGCUUGAGACAGAAGAGAGACGUCUUUAAGAGACCCGUCUCUGACGUGCCACCUGCCAGAAGGAAUAUCGAUGGUCUUCCACCGGCGGGUAUGAAGAAAGGACGCUCCGAGGUCAAGAAGGUGGGUCCCCUGAAGAUGGCGUCUCUCAACGGCCUGACCCUGUCCAGAAUGCCUCUGCCCGAUGAAGGGAAGGACGACCCGGAGAACGCGUCUAAUGACGAGCGGUGUAAGAUACUGGAGCAGCGCAUGGAGCAGGGGAUGGUGUUCACCGAGUAUGAGCAGGUGCCUAAGAAGCGGCCCAACUGUGAGUGCACCAUCGCUCUGAUGCCCGAGAACAGCGACAGGAACCGCUUCCAGGACGUCCUGCCCUACGACGACACACGUGUGGAGCUGGUGCCCACCAAAGAGAACAACACAGGCUACAUCAAUGCAUCGCACAUCAGGUUUACGGUCAGAGGUAAAGAGUGGAGUUACAUCGCGUCUCAGGGUCCGCUCUCCAGCACCUGCCAAGACUUCUGGCAGAUGGUUUGGGAACAAGGAGUCGCUAUCAUCGCAAUGGUUACAGCGGAGGAGGAAGGGGGUCGUGAGAAGAGUUUCCGCUAUUGGCCUCGUCUGGGCUCUCGCCACAACACUGUUACAUACGGGCGAUUUAAGAUCACCACGCGCUUCCGCACGGACUCUGGGUGCUACGCCACAACGGGCCUGAAGAUCAAACACCUCCUCACGGGACAGGAGCGAACCGUCUGGCACCUGCAGUACACGGACUGGCCCGACCACGGUUGCCCGGAGGACUUUAAAGGCUUUCUCUGCAUCGCUGCCGCCAUCAUGAGUGCGUGUUCUGAUGAUAUACAGCUGUCAGAAGAGCUCAAUUAUAUCCCAUUAGACUAUGUGCCACAGGGUCAGCCUGGAGUUGUGGGUGUGAAUCCAGCUCUCCUAGAUAAAGAAGACUCAUUUGAUGACAUUGAAGACUUGUCUGAUGAGUCCUCUAAGAGCAAACUCAAACCCCGGCCAAUAGAUUGA